CCUACGUGGAAACUCACAGAUCGUGGUUGCUUGCAAUGGCGUGGGAGACCGGCUUUGACUCUCUUCCCGAAGACUGCAUCUCUAGCGCUCUGUCCCUCACUACCCCCGAAGACGCUUGCCGCCUCUCGCUGACUGCGCCCACCUUCCGCUCCGCCGCCAUUUCCGACGCCGUAUGGGAGCGUUUCCUCCCGCCGGAUUACCGUGACAUCAUUUCUCGGUCUAGUAGCGCCGCCAAUUUGCUCGCUUCUGGCUCCAAGAGGGAUCUCUUCAUCCGCCUCUGCGAUCGCCCCGUCCUUAUAGACAAUGACACAAAGAGUUUUUCACUAGAGAAGAAGAGUGGGAAAAUAUGUUACAUGAUAGGUGCAAGGUCCCUUGAGAUUGUGUGGAGUGACACACCUAAAUAUUGGCAAUGGAUCUCUCACCCGCACUCCAGGUACAAACUACUGUACAAACUACUGCAUCAACAAAUGAUGUGACAUUAUUUAUAGCGGAAAUACUUCUCCCGCUCUAUGAUUAAUUUCUCACUUUCAUUCUUAAAAUGCUCUAAAAUUAAGUUCCUGUAUAUGGCGUAUCUUUUCGGCAAUAUUUGAGCGGUAAAGUAGUUUUCCAUCCUUAUGAAGAAAUAAACUCCCUAGUUAAUUACUAGUAUUAAUUUUCAUUAAUCAUAUUUAUCACAUAUACCGAAAUAUUUAGAUGUUCUUAUACUCUUUAUCUAUCAUAUUUAGCUUUGAUUAUUAUUUAUAAUCAAUCAAAUUUUCGUAGUAUGAUCCUGUGAGGCAAUUUUUUCACAUACACAUCCAUUUCAAUAAAAAUACUCUCCUUUCUAAAAAUGAAAAUCUCAUUUUUUUCAUUUGGAGGUGUUCGAGAUUAAAAUUUAUAUUUCCCCUUUUGGCAUUUUUAUUACAUAAAUUUCAAAUUUUUAACCUUUUUCUUUUAAAUUUACAAAUUUAUCUUCACUGUUUUUUCUAGAGAAGGUAAAAGGCAAGAGUUAUGAAGUUAUCUAGGAAUUUUAACACAAAUAAUUUUCAAUCUGAUGACAUAAAGAGCACGAGACUUCGAAUUUCGAACCAAGGAACUAUAUGUGAGAGAGAGAGAAAAUGUGUGUGUGUUAUCCUACGUAUGUAAUACUCCAUACUAAUUUAAAUAUUAUCAAUCAUAAUUAGCCUCACAUCGUUCAAGAUUUGUAAUUUGAAAUGAGGACUAUAUGUAGUAUAUAGGUAAUAGGAUCAUAUAAUCUGUAAUACAUGAUUGAUAAUCAUGUAAUACUCCAUAAAAGGGAAGCUUGUAUGAAGCUAAAUACUCUUUAGUCAAUCUAAAGUUUCACAUUAGUUUUUACACUGGUUUAUUGGGCGUGUUAUCUCAGAACCAAAUAAUAUAAUCAAUAAAGAUUUUUUAUCCAAACCCCACAAAUUUUUGGUUCAAGAUUAUAUGGUCCAUGCCAUCAAUCCAUAAUCAUUCCACAAAACCUUAGCUUCUUCAUAGCCCCGGUGGUCAAUCUUUUAAUUUUCUUGAAUUCUCACUUUACCAAAAUUGCGAUUAUGUUACAAACCAAUUGCAAUUAUAUAGUGCCUUCUCUCCCAUGUGGUUCCCACAUUUGACACUUUUUUUUGUUAUAGAUCUAUAUUUUGACCAAUGAACAUUUUUGACCAACGUGUUCAAGAAGCACAUUUUACUAAUAUUGUGUAGUAUACUUUGAGCCCGUUUGGAGAACUCUGUUUUCGGCUUAUCAGGCUUAUCAGCCAGCUUUUUCACCAAACACGUAACUUUUACUUUCGCGCGCUGAAUUGUGUAAUAAGCCGAAAAAGUAAGGUUGGAGUUACUUUUCUGGCUGUAUUGGCUGAAGUUACUGUAGAGGACCAUUUUAGCUAUUUUUACAUAUAAUUUUUUCUUUAAUUUAUUAAUAAAAUAUAUUUUUAAAAUAUUUUUUUCUUAAAUCAGCAGAAUCAGCCAAAACAGCCACUCCAGCCAGAAUAUCAUAAAUUUCAGCAGAAUCAACCAAAACAGCCGAUUUUGGUGCUACCAAACGGGCUCUUUAUAUACAUCUAUAGGAAUAUAUACUUUUAACAAUUAAAGAACAUUUUAAUGAGUGUUUAAGGAUAAGCGGUGCUCAUUAUUGGAACAUCUUAAAAGAAAGUGAUUUUUGAGCUCAUUGGGUAAAGGUAAAUAUGGCAUCAAUUGAUAAACUUAAUGGAGCUACUCAGAUUGUGCCAUAAUUAGAGUUUCAACAUAAUAAUGGAACAAAGGGUGUAUCUAUUGCUCUUCGAAUUUUGCGGAUUCUUCAGACUUCAGAGGGCACAUGCACAAAAAUAAAGUGGAUUUAGUUGUUUUCUCUUUAUGAAGUAGAAGAUACCUAUUAAGUCCUAUAACUUAUGUUGGUGGUCAUUAGUAAUUAUGUAGCUUCAUUGACUUGCAUGUCUCAUCAUGUAACUUAUAAAUUUAUUCGUAUUAAGACUUUGCUACCAUUAGAAUGCCUAUCAGAACCGACAUGUAUUUAGAUGGAAUUUGCACAUUCCAACAAAAAGGUCAAAUAGAGGAACUUAUUAGUUACAUGACAUAAUCUGCAAGUGAGUAAAAGUAUAUGACUAAUAGGUACAUGCAUGACAAUGUGAGUUAAUUACAAGGUUAGCUGAAUCAACAAUUUUUUCUCGUACCUAUGCUCUUCAUGCUAUUACGUGUGCUUGGAAUUUUUUUUUCUUUCCUUCUUUCUUUCAAUGAACGAAUAGGUUCCCCGAAGUUGCGGAGCUUUUAAGCGUGUGCUGGCUUGAAAUACGUGGCAACAUAAAUAGUAGAUUGCUGUCUCCCGACACUAACUACGCAGCUUACCUUGUAUUCACAUUACAAGCAAGGACUUAUGGCUUAGAAUACCAAUCAGUUGUUGCUUCAACUGAGAUUAUUAGUAAUGGAUAUGAAGAAGCUAAAAAGAUGACUAUUUAUUUGGAUGCACGUGGAGAUGAGAGUGUUGCAACUUACCCGCCAAUAGUACCUCGGAUGAGGACAUUCAGUCGCGGGUCUAGUUAUAGAGUCAGACGGGAAGAGAUGAAUGAGGCCUUUCAAAAUGACCCUGCAAAGCUCCCGAAGAGUAGAAGAGAUGGAUGGAUGGAAGUGGAGUUGGGUGAGUUUUUUGUCAAGAAUGGACAAAGUGCAGAUAUUGUUAUUAGCUUAAUGGAGAUAAAUAGCCAGUGGAAAUGUGGUUUGAUUGUCGAAGGACUCGAAAUUAGGCCAAAGGAAUAGGAUUAGUAGUUGUUAUUCAUGUCAUAUGUGGAUUAUUAACUCUUGUAAUGCAAUUAAGUGCGGGAAAACUAGCCAACCAAGUCAUUGUAAAUAGAAGCGGAUGUAAUGGUAAGUGCAUCUAAUACUCUUUUUGAGUUUUGCUUUAAUUUGAGAAUACCACGUUUACCUUCCGAAA